AACAGCAAUAGAAACAUCCUGAGUGAAAGAUCAAUUCAUCAUUGAUGGUUACCGGACCGACCCGUGGAUGAUUAGAUCAAAGCGGCACGUCAGCCGCAGCGCUGAUGGCGGCUGCCCUGUCCUCCGAGUCCUCGAUUCUGCUUUGUUCUCGACACUUCGAUCGGCCCAGAACCCCACCAUCCGCUUCAGACGCUGCUCUUAUCUCGUCCUUUUUGGCUCUCCCUUAUCCGUUCCCUCAUCCUCUGGUUCCAGCCACGUUGUUUUCGGCCUCAAGACUCAUAGACGGAUGCGUCAUAAAUCCCAUGCUCCCUGUGCUACAUGAGAGGAGGAGCGUGACGGAAUCUUCCGACAUCCAUUGUAUCCAUCACCCAACGAGAUAUGAUCGAAUGGGCUGGGAACAAGCUGGACGAGUAGGGAGCGCGUAAUGAGAGGAGAGCUAAUGCGGCUUCAUAAGUGUUAGCCCCAAACCUGUACCUCGCGGUUUUCUCGGCUUGGAACACCCCGAUGCUGGUAGAUGCGAUGCCUUCUGCCUCGUAUUCGCCCCGUCGCCCGUUCUGGACACGUUAUGCAAGCUGCCGUGCAUCUGGUGCUGCACAGAUGUCAUGAAGUCUUGAAACGGUAAGUAUUCCCUGAGCAUGAUGCACGAGCUGACAAGUUUCGAUUGUAGGAAUGGGCUAGGUACACUCCACGGUGCGGUGGAUCAUCUGGAACCGCCACAAUCUCUAUCAAGGGAAGAACGAGGGGGGGGGCUCCAUCUGACCAAUCCCCUUGCUCUGUUACACCUGAUUCGUGACGGUACAAUCUUGUUGGGCGUAGAUGACGUGCAGUAUCAGAAGGGGAUGGGCUAAGAACCCGGACACGGCGCAACGAGGUCCUUCAUAGUAUCUAUGAAACAAGCCCAAAGGAGCAUCUUUAGCCGGCAGCCCUACCAUCAUGGGCAGAGGGCGCACAUUCAACAACAGAGAAAGAGUCCAGGAGCGAUGAAUGCCUGGAGGCCCUGGCCGCAUAUCGAAGAUUCCCAGCUUAUCUCGCUUGCGCGGCCACUCAAUUCGCGGUGGAUUUGGAAUGCCGUGCAUCACAUAUUGCGGUUGGAUGGCCGACUGCGAAGGCUGGCGGGUUCGAGUUUGCGCAGAAAGAGAUGGAAAAGCCAGCUUCUCGCAGGGCCGGAGCACAUGUCGCUGGGUUAGCACAUGUCGCUGGCUUCGAAAUGGGCACCUACGACAACUCGGCGAACAUCCACGUCGGGCUCCGUGAGACGCAGGCAUUCCAUACCCGCCGACCUUUACUGUGGAUGUUUUCCGCUCAGUUGUUCUCUUUGCUCCAGGCGAAUCAGGAGCCCACGGUCUCGCAAAGCUGGCCGGAGACCCAACACUUCCGCGUCCUCAUCGAUUGUACGGCAAACAACAACGGUGCGAAGGUCUGCGAAUGUCCCAGAACGUGUCUUCAAAUCCCUGCUGGGUCCAGGACUUUCAGCGUGUACCAGAUUGCUAGGCAAAUCACCCAAUGUUUUGAGCUGCAGCGAGUACGAGUGUGGCACGGGGAUGUCGCACUCGUUGCGGAUGAAG